AUGGCACCCACAGGGCUCAUCGGGCCGGAUCCAGUCCUCCUGGGCAACGACGGCCCCCUACUCAAGGACAAUUUCCAACUGCAGCCCCGUUCUAGACCUGCCCAAGCUGCCCCCGGAUACCAAGAAGUGGCACCACAACAACAAGCCAUGGCACAAUAUUCCCAGCAGAUGGUACAACAACAGAUCCAACAACCUGAUCAUCAAGCUCUGCAAGUCCAACAACCCCAACAAGGCCAACAAGGACGACAGCCUGGCUAUCAACAACCCGCCAACGAUAACUAUGAGGAGGAUAAGGAGGAGGAUAAGGAGGAGGAUAAGGAGGAGGAUAAGGAGGAGGAUAAGGAGGAGGAUAAGGAGGAGGAUAAGGAGAAGGAUAAGAAGGAUAAGGAUAAGGAGGAUAAGGAGAAGGAUAAGAAGGAUAAGGAUAAGGAGGAUAAGGAGGAGCCCAAGUGA